CUUUCAGCCUUCCCCAUCCAGAUGCCCUGGCACUACAACUCCCAGCGUCCUCAGCCAGCAGGGCUGUCAGGAGAUGCUGCAGCCUCCGAGCCCCGUCCGAGUUUCCCGGGGGACCCCAGGUUCGGGGGGCCCCUCUGGAGGAGCAGCCAAGGCACCCCUCUGCCCAGCAGCCAGGCCGCCACGAAAGCGCGUACGGCAGCCCACAGGGACACCCCCGCCCCGGAGGGCAACGUCUCCACGGGAGGACCGUCCCAGCUGGUGCCUCCCACCCGUGGCCGCCCACCCGCCGGCGAAGAGCAAAGCGGGCCGGUUCUCUCCCGGCGGACGGCCCGGGAGGUGGCGUGGAGGGAUUCGCACCCGGAGCCCGGCAGCGACGCCGCCUCAGCUGCCCCACGCGUGGCACCCCCUAGCCGGGCGGAGGACGGCGCCUGGCGGCUGUUCGACCGUGGCAAAGGCGGGCCGGGCAGCCAGGAAGAGGCGGGCAGCGGAGACCCCCACGCCAAGACGCCCCCCAGCCCCGGCUGGGCCACGGCGGCGCUGCCCCCGCGGGGUGUCGACCCCCAGAAUCGCCCGCUCGCCCGCCACGAGGGCGACCUGCUCCUCGACCCCACGCGAUCCACCAGCGUGGCCGAGAGGCCGCACGUCCCGCAGCAGGGCGACGCGUGGGGGGUUCUCUCCAGCCGUCCGACCGUGCGACUCCCAGAGACGGAGGAUCCCGGAUCCGUGGCACCCCCGGUCUUGAAGCCCACGCCGACCCCGAAGCCCUCCGCCGAUCCGCCGGCCUCGGAGAUCGUCGACGUCGAUUACUACGACCUCUUCGACGGCGGCGCCCGAAGGGGGGCCGGCGUGGACUCCACCAAGCCGAAGAGCCCCGUGGACCAGGGGGUCUCGUGGCCGUUCCGCGACCUUUACGACGAAUUCAGCCCCUUUGACGAGUCGGAUUUCUACCCCACGACCUCCUUCUACACCGACGGCGACGAGGAAGAGGAGCCGGAGGAGGAAGAGGAGGAAGAGGAGGAUGAGGAAGAAGAGGAGGAAGGCGGGCCGGCUGGCGUCGCGGAGGACGAGAAGACGGCAGCCCGGGCCCCCACGCCCCCGCCGCCCCCACCCCACCAAAUCCACCGCGUGGAGCCCACCGCCCGCCGCUUCCUCCUCCCUCCGCCGCAGACUUUCGUCGUCUCGGGGGGCGUCGGGCGGGCCACGCGCGGGCCGGCUUCGGCGGACGCCUUCGUCCCGGAGAACAGCACGGAGUGCCGCCAGGGCUACGCCCGUCACAACCACACCUGCAAGUCGGUCUGCGACACCUUCCCGAGCUACUGCCACAACGGGGGGCAGUGUUACCUGGUGGAGAGCCUGGGCGCCUUCUGCAGGUGCAACACCCAGGACUACAUCUGGCACAAGGGUCUCAGGUGCGAGUCCAUCGUGACCGACUUCCAGGUGAUGUGCGUGGCGGUGGGGUCGGCCGCCCUGGUGGUCCUGCUCCUCUUCAUGAUGACCGUGGUCUUCGCCAAGAAGCUCUACCUGCUCAAGACGGAGAACCUGAAGCUGCGGAAGAGCAAAUACCGAACCCCUUCGGAGCUACACAACGACAACUUCUCCCUCUCCACCAUUGCCGAGGGAUCGCACCCAAAUGUAAGGAAAUUUUGCGACACCCCGUGUAAGCACUCCCCCCACGCCCGUGCAUUGGCUUACUAUGAUAACAUUAUAUGUCAGGAUGACCCCGGUGCCCCCCACAAGCUGCCGGACCCCUUGAAAUCCUGCUUGAAAGACGAGGAAGCCUUUAACAUUCAAAAUUCCACCUCGCCCAAGCUGGAUAACCGGAAAACGGUCAAUCCGGACGAUCCGGACGCGAACUGUUUGCAGAACAACUUGACUUGAAGAUCGGAGGGGCCCGAGCCGGAGAAGAAGACGCCACGGGGCGACGGGCGGGGCGGGGGCGUUUGGGAAAUAAAGGGAAGAACGAGCGAAAUGAAAAGAUUGCACGAAAGCCAUGUCCUGUCCUCCCGAGCGCCAUUUUUAAUCUUUUUUUUUUCGAUUGGGGGGGGCGGGGGUCUUCGUUAGGUUUUGUUGGUUUUUCUUCCCCCCCCCCUCCUCAUCGCAUGCUUUGAUGUAUUCGGUACGGAAUAAAGGAAAGGAAAGGUCAAUAAAGAAAAACACGGCUCGGAGACACACAAUUGUGACGGCGUCCCGCCUCCCUCCCUCCCUCCCUAAUGAGUGGUGUGCGUUGAUUUUUGGGGUCUGUUCCCUGUUGUAUAUAUGGCCUUUCCCCCACGCCCCCUCCCACCGCAGUGGUUUCUAACACUUUGCCGCGAUUCGUCUCGUCUUUCGGUUUCGUUUUUCUAAUUUGUACUUCACCUGGUCUUUUUUUCGGGGGGGGGGGGAGAAACCGGUUUUAAAA